CGUUAAAUAAUGUAUUACGCAAAAGUUUCAUAACAAAAAAGUAAAGAUUCGGCAAUUUUUAAAACUAUCGUGAAAUUGAUCAAUGAUGUUUCAAUUUACAAUAAUAUUUGCAAAAAAAUUGUAGGUUUUUGUUAAAUAGUUAAAAGUUUUAAAGAUGAACGUUUCAAGAUCUUUAUUACUUUUUGUUCUUAUUUUCUCAAAGCUAUCCACGGAAGAUGUUAUUUCUCUUCCUAAUGAAGAAUGUGACAUAAGACCAAUGCUUAUCAAUACUGACGCUUUAAAUUAUAAAUAUUAUCCUUUAGUAGUGUCACUCUAUCGUUGUAGUGGUGUUUGCAAAAAGGAAAAGCCAUCUUUUCGAAAAUGUGUUUCUGCAGUUUCUACAGAUAUUCAACUACAUGUGUUCAAUGAACUUCUGGAACGAAAUGAAACACUGGCUUUAAAAAAUCAUACAUCCUGUCAAUGUCAAUGUGCCUAUAAUAGUUCUGCAUGCACAAAGUAUCAAAAAUGGGAUGCAGAGAAAUGCAAAUGUGUAUGUGAUCGCUCUCAACAAAGAAAAUGUGAUGAUGGCUUUGUUUGGAAUCCAAAUUUAUGUGCAUGUGAGUGUAUAACUGAAUGUGAAGGUAAGAAGUAUUUAAAUAAAUCAACUUGCACUUGUGCUUGUAAAUCAAGAUUUUAUGAGAAAUGCAACCGGAAUGAAAAACUUUUACAAGAAAUUGAUUGUUCAUGUUAUUUACCAAAGUCGUAUUCUCAAAAAGUAAAUUGUGGUAUGUCACCCAUGAAAUGGAUAAUAGUAGCAAUAAUAAUCUGCUUUUUUUGUUUGUUGGUUUUAUUUUUUGACUGCCUCAUAUACAGCAGAAAAAGUGGUUGUUUAAGACAGACAAUAAAUUAUUUUCAAAAAAACAAAACAACUCUAGCAGAGAUUAAGCCUAUAAAUCGUUAGGCUUAUGAAACAAAAUAGGUCUCAAAACAUAAAAUACCAGCUAACAAGGAGAAUG